UUAAAAUUUGCCAAAAUGGCAGACACUGGAGAUGACUAUGAUGAAUUUGGGGAGGAGGAAGAUGAGGAACUAAUGGAGCAGUCUGGCUUGCCCACCAGGGCAGUCAGAAGGAAGGUUAAAGUCGAUACUUCCAAGUUCAUGACUCCAUAUCUGGCCCACAGCCAGAAGAUGCUGGAGCUUUUCAGCCACAAUAAGUACCGCCAAGCUUAUGACUUGUCCAGAGGGACGCCUCCUGCUUUCAUCACUGACACACCUGAAUUGAUUCGUAUCAGGAAGGCCCAGGAGCAACUCAGUGAGGUGAAAUACCGCAUGGAGGGAAACAAGGCUCGAACAACCAGCUUGUACGGUGGUGAUGCCAGAGAGGUCAUCCACGUCAAGCAUGUAUCGGAACUGAUCAGCAAGGUUCUGUACAGACAGAAGUGGGAUGAGACUAAGGACAGGUACCUGCUGCCUCCCGAUGCUCCUGAGCUGGUUCUGGCUGUGAAGAAUGCUGCUAAUUAUAGCAAAAAACUUUACACAGAAGCCUGGGACGAGGAAAAGACCCUGUACUACCCUUACACUGACAGCCCUGAGUUGCGCAGGGUAGCUAAGGCUCAGGAGGUCCUGAGUGAUGUUAAAUAUAAGAAGGGACACGCUGAGCGCAAAGCCAAGUACACGUCCUUGCCUGAUCCUCCCGAGAUGGAGCUGGCCAAGAGAGUUGCCCAUCAGCGCAGCGAUCUUAAAUACAAGGAAGACUACAAUAAAAAUGUUAGGGGUCAGUGGUGUGAGACACCUUACUUCGACGUCGCCAUCGCCAGGAUGGCAAUGGAUAAUCUCAGCGAUAGAAAAUACACUCAACACUAUGAGAAUAUAAAAGACCAAAUUUACUUCAUGCAAACAGACACACCUGUGUACGACGCAUGCAAGAAGGCUCGUAUUGCUGCUAGUGAGGUCCAAUACAAGAAGGAAUAUGAAAAGAAUAAAGCCCAGUGUGACUACAAUACGCUCCCUGCUACAGAGAAUCCGCUCCUGAGACAGCUCAGAUACGCUGGCACCAUCCUUAGUGAUAAAGUAUAUAAGGCCAGCUAUGAGAAAUCCAGGGGUUUCAGCAUCAACUACUGUGACACACCAAAAUUUCAGAUGGACUCAGUGCUUAAAAAGUUCUCUGAUCUACGUUACAAAGAGAAGUAUGACAAUGAGGUAAAGGGCCACUACGUUGGCAGCUAUGAAGACCUCUACAUGGUUCACUGCCAGAAAGUUGAGGAAAUGAAGAGCGAGCACUUAUAUAAAGCGGACUAUGAAGACAUAAAAACCAGAUGCUUCUUUCCUCAAACUAUUACACCUGAAUAUGAGGCCGGGAAGAAACUUCUGGGGUGUAGCGAUAAAGUUUACCGACAACAUCCUGACAAAGUGAAGUUUACACAAGUGGUGGAUUCUCCAGUCCUCGUCCAAGCCAGCAUCAAUGCCAAGCAGCUUAGUGACUUGAACUACAAGGCAAAGUUUGAGCAAACAAAGUUCAAGUGUAAUCUCCCCCCAGACUAUCCCUUCUUCAUUCAGUCCAGAGUUAACGCCUUUAACCUGAGUGACAGUUGUUAUAAGUAUGACUGGGAGAAAUCUAAAGCAAAGAAGUUCGAAAUUAAGGGUGACGCCAUCCCAAUCCUUGCUGCCCGUGCUCACACAAACAUUGUCAGCGACGUUAAGUACAAAAAGGAGUAUGAAAAGAACAGGGGACAGAUGAUUGGGGCCCUCAGUAUUAAUGACGAUCCCAAGAUUCUGCAUUCAGUUCAUGUGGCCAAAAUCCAGAGUGAUCGUGAAUAUAAGAAGAACUAUGAAAAAAUCAAGACCAAGUACCAUACACCACUUGAUAUGAUAUCAGUCACCAUGGCUAAGAAGUCCCAGGCAAUUGCUAGCAUGGCUGGCUACAGGAAGAUCAACCCCAACUACUUCCUUCCUCAUGACAGCGUGCUGCUGGACCUGGCCAAGAAAGCCAACAGCAUCCAGAGUGAUAAUGAGUAUAAGGCUGAGUACAACAGCUAUGUUAAAGGAUCCCCAUGGGUCCCAUAUGGCUCCAUGGAUGUAGAAAAGGCAAAGAAAGCUGCUGAGAUUCUCAAUGAGAGAAAAUACAGACAGCACCCAGAUACGAUCCCAUUCACAUCGAUAGAUGAUCAUCCCAUAAUGCUGCAGGCUAAAGUCAACCAGCUUCAGAGGAGUGAUCUGUUCUACAAGAGAGGUCUUGAGGAGAUCCAUCAAAAGUACUCUCUGCCUCCUGAUACCCCAGAGUUCCUCCAAGCCAAGUGCAAUGCCUACAACAUCAGCAAGAACUUCUACAAGUAUGCCUGGGAGGAGCUGAUAGCUAAAGGUUAUGACUUGAAGCCCGAUGCUAUUCCGAUUGUUGCUGCUAAAGCAGCCAUGCAUGCUGUCAGCAACGUGCAGUACAAAAAGGCCUAUGAGAAGGCCAGGGGCCACCAUGUUGGCUUCCGCAGCCUCCAGGAUGAUCCUCUGCUUGUUCACUACAUGCAGGUGGCUAAGAGCCAGAGCGACAAGGUUUACAAGAAGGACUACCACAAGGUCAAACUGAAAUAUCACACUCCAGUGGACAUGUUGAGUCUGGUUCAUGCUAAACAUGCCACAGCAGUGCAGACAUUUGCUGGCUACAAGCAGCACCAUCACAAUUAUUUUCUCUUGCCUGAUGCAAUGAAUCUUCAGCUUGCUCGCACCAUGAACUAUAACGCCAGUGAUAACAAUUAUAAAAUGGAUUACGAAACUUCAGUGAAAGGAACUGGUUGGGUUCCAAUUGGUUCCCUGGAUGUAGAAAAAGCCAAGGCGGCAGCAGCAGCUUUAGAUGAGAGAAAGUACAGGCAGCACCCUUCCACCAUCAAAUUCACCAGCGUCACGGACUCCAUGAACAUGGAGCUGGCUAAAACCAAUGCCAAGAUACUGAAUGAGAGAGAAUAUAAAGCCAGUGGAGAGAAGAUCAUGCACACUUACCAUCUUCCAUCUGAUACCCCUGAACUGAUUCAAGCCAGGUACAAUGCUGUGAACAUUAGCCAGAACUAUUACACCUAUGCACAUCGCCAAGAUAUCCUCAAGGGACAUCACGUCAAGGAAGACGCUAUUCCCGUUUUGGCUGCCAAAUCUUCAAGAGACAUCGCCAGUAAUUACAAAUAUAAGCUGGCUUAUGAGAAGGCCAAAGGCCAUCAUGUUGGCUUCCGCAGUCUUCAGGACGACCCUCUUUUGGUCCAUUACAUGCAAGUGGCAAAAAUUCAGAGUGACAAGAACUACAAAAAGGACUACCACAAGGCCAAGCUGAAGUACCACACCCCAGUGGACAUGCUGAGUGUGAUUCAUGCCAAGCAGUCUUCUGCUGUUCAGACAAUGACUGGAUACAAGAAAAUCCCUCACAGCUUCCUCCUUCUUCCUGAUAACAUGCACCUGCAGCGCUGUCGCAACAUGAUGGAGAUUCAGAGCGAUAAUGUCUACAAAUCAGAAUACAACAACUACUUUAAAGGUACUGGCUGGGUACCAAUCGGUUCUUUGGAUGUUGAGAAAGCCAAAUCUGCCAGAGCUGCAUUAGAUGAUAGAGGCUACCGCCAGCAUCCCAGCUCCUUCAAGUUCACUAGCAAGACUGAUGACAUGAACAUGUCUCUGGCUUUAGCCAACACAAAGCAAAUGGACCAAAUUGCAUACAAGGCAUCUGGUGAAAAAUUCAUGCAUACGUAUCAUCUGCCAGCUGACAGCCCAGAGUUCCUCCAGGCUAAAUUCAGCGCCCAAACCAUCAGCGAGAGUCACUAUAAGCACCAGUGGCUGGAAGAUAUUGCCAAGGGAUAUGACAUGAGGCCUGAUGCUAUUCCUAUUCUCCAUGCCAAGCAGGGCAGACAUAUUGCCAGCAAUGUUCAGUACAAGAAAGAAUAUGAGAAGGCCAGAGGACACCAUGUUGGGGUCCGCAGCCUCCAGGAUGAUCCUCUGCUGGUCCAUUACAUGGAAGUGGCAAAGAUGCAGAGUGACAAGAACUACAAGAAGGACUACCACAAGGCCAAGCUGAAGUAUCACACCCCAGUGGACAUGCUGAGUGUGGUCCAGGCCAAGCAGGCCUCUGCUGCUCAGACAAUGACUGGAUAUAGAAAGAUUCCUCACAGCCACCUGCUUCUACCUGACAACAUGCACCUUCAGCUGUGCAGAAAUAUGAAUGUUCUGUCCAGUGAUGUUAAUUACAAAUCUGAAUGGAACAACUACAUCAGAGGUAUUGGAUGGGUACCAAUUGGGUCUCUCGCAGUUGAGACUGCUAAAGUUGGCGGUGAGAUCCAGAAUGAAAGGAAGUACAGACAGCACCCAUCCGGCUUCAAAUUUAGCAAACUGAUGGACUCCAUGGACUUGGCCCUGGCUACUGCAAACAACCAGAUCAUGAACAAGAAAGCGUACACCUCUGCUUGGGAAAAAGACAAAUUGACCAUCCACAUUAUGCCAGAUUCUCCUGAAAUUGUCCUGGCCAAGGCAAACGCUCUGACCAUGAGCAAUAAACUGUAUAAAGCCGGUGUUGUGGAGAUGGCCAAUAAAGGCUACAAUCUCAAAGCUGAUGCAAUUCCAAUUGUGGCUGCCAAGUCUGGUACUACUAUUGCCAGUAAUUACAAGUACAAGUUGGCUUAUGAGAAGGCCAGAGGCCACCAUGUUGGCUUCCGCAGCCUUCGGGAUGAUCCUCUACUGGUUCACUACAUGGAGGUGGCUAAGAUACAGAGCGACAAGGUUUACAAGAAGGACUACCACAAGGCCAAGCUGAAGUAUCACACUCCGGUGGACAUGUUGAGUGUGGUUCAUGCCAAGCAGGCCUCAGCUGCCCAGACCAUGACUGGAUACAGGCAGAUCCAGCACACUAAUGCUCUCCUUCCUGAUGCCAUGGGCCUGGAGCUUGCUCGUACAAUGAAUUUGAAUUCUAGUGAUUGGAACUACAAGGCUGAAUGGAACAACUACAUUAAAGGUAUUGGAUGGGUCCCCAUUGGUUCACUUUCAGUUGAAACAGCGAAGGUUGGCGGUGAGAUCCUCAGCGAGAAGAAGUACCGUACUCACCCGUCUAACUUCAAGUACAGCAAAUUAAUGGAUUCCAUGGAUGUGGCUCUGGCUACUGUCAAUAACCAGAUCAUGAACAAGAAAGCAUACACUGCAGCAUGGGAGAAAGACAAACUGAAAGUCCACGUCAUGCCAGAUUCACCUGAGAUUGUCCUGGCAAAGGCUAAUGCACUGACUAUGAGCAAUAAACUGUAUAAAGCCGGAGUUGUGGAGAUGGCCAAUAAAGGUUACAACCUCAAAGCUGACGCCAUUCCCAUUGUGGCUGCCAAGUCUGGUACAACUAUUGUCAGUAAUUACAAGUACAAGUUGGCUUAUGAGAAGGCCAGAGGCCACCAUGUUGGCUUCCGCAGUCUUCGGGAUGAUCCUCUACUGGUUCACUACAUGGAGGUGGCUAAGAUACAGAGCGACAAAGUUUACAAGAAGGACUACCACAAGGCCAAGCUGAAGUAUCACACUCCGGUGGACAUGUUGAGUGUGGUUCAUGCCAAGCAGGCCUCAACUGCCCAGACCAUGACUGGAUACAGGCAGAUCCAGCACACUAAUGCUCUCCUUCCUGAUGCCAUGGGCCUGGAGCUUGCUCGUAACAUGCAGUUUAUUGCCAGUGAUAACGAGUACAAGAAGGAGUAUGAGAACUACAUUAAGGGAAUAGGAUGGGUUCCUAUUGGUUCACUUGAUGUUGAGAAGGCGAAAACAGCUGGGCAGGUUUUAAAUGAAAAACUAUACAGAAAGCAUCCCAGCAACUUCAAAUUCACUAAGGACAUGCACUCUAUGGACCUGGUUCUGGCCACUGCCAACAACCAAAUCAUGGAUAAGAAAUCCUACACAAAAGCUUGGGAUAAAGACAAGACUUCAAUCCAUAUUAUGCCAGAUGCAAUGGAUGUCGUUCUAGCCAGGGAUAACAAGAAAAACUAUAGUGAGAAAAUAUACAAACUGGACAAUGAGCUAGCCAAGAAGAAGGGCCAUAACCUUCGUGCUGAUGCCAUUGCAAUUCAGGCUGCCAAAGCCUCGACUAUUAUUGCUAGCGAUUACAAGUAUAAGACAGGAUACAGGAAGCAGGUUGGUCACCACAUUGGUGCCCUCAGCAUCCAGGAUGACCCUCUGCUCAUGCUAGCUCUGAACUCAGCCAGGAUUGCCAGUGAUGCUCUGUACAAGAAGGACUUCAAUAAGUCCAAGACCAAGUUCAACCUCCCCGUGGACAUGCUGGCCUUUGAACUGGCCAAGAAAAACCAGAUUCAGGUCACCCAUGCUAAUUAUAUUACACGCCUGCACAACUGGACGUGCCUGCCAGAUGCAAAUGAUGUUGUCCAGGCCAGGCAUGCAUACAACUUGCAGAGUGACGCUGUGUACAAGGAAGAUCAGAAGAUUAUGCAGGGUAUCGGAUGGGUGCCUAUAGGUUCACUGGAUGUGGAGAAGGUGAAGAAAGCUGGUGAGGUCCUGAGUGAGAAAAAGUAUCGUCAACACCCAAGCAACUACAAAUUCAAAUGCACUACAGAGGACAUGCCAAUGGCGCUAGCUAAGGCUAAUGCUCAGAUCAUUAACAAGACAUCUUACACUGAAGCCUGGGAAAAAGAUAAGACCAGCAUCCAUGUCAUGCCUGAUGCCAUGGAUAUUCUUCUGGCCAAAGCAAACAAAGUCAUCUACAGCGAGAAAAUUUACAAGCAGGCAAAUGAAGAGGCAAAGAAGAAGGGAUAUGACCUCCGAAAUGAUGCCAUUUCCAUUAUUGCAGCAAGAGCCUCCAGGGAUAUUGCGAGUGAUUACAAGUACAAGACUGGAUACCGCAAGCAGGUUGGUCACCAUAUCGGUGCCCGCAGCAUCCAAGACGACCCUCUGCUCAUGCUGGCUCUGAACUCAGCCAAGAUCGCCAGUGAUGUUCUGUACAAGAAGGAUUUCAACAAGUCCAAGACCAAGUUCCACCUGCCUGUGGACAUGUUGAAUCUCGAACUGGCCAAGAAAUGCCAGAUCCAAGUCAAUGAUUUCAACUACAGGACUCGCCUGCACCAGUGGACCUGUCUUCCAGACUCCAACGACGUGGUCCAGGCCAGGCAUACAUAUGACCUACAGAGUGAUGCUGUGUAUAAGGAGGAUCUGAGAUUGAUGCAGGGCAUUGGAUGGGUGCCUAUAGGUUCACUGGAUGUUGAGAAGGUGAAGAAAGCUGGUGAGAUACUGAGUGAAAAUAAAUAUCGUCAGCACCCGAGCAACUUUAGAUUCAAAAGUACUACAGAGGACAUGCCAAUGGUGCUGGCUAAGGCUAAUGCUCAAGUUAUUAACAAGAAAGCUUACAUUGAAGCCUGGGACAAUGAUAAGACAAAGAUCCACGUAAUGCCAGAUGCCAUGGAUGUCGUUCUUGCUAAAGCAAACAGUUAUCAUUACAGCUUGAAAAACUACAAAAAGGCCAAUGAAGACGCUAAGAAGAAGGGCUACGACUUGCGUGGUGAUGCCAUAUCCAUCAUCGCAGCCAAAACAUCAAGGGACAUUGCCAGUGAUUACAAGUACAAGACAGGAUACCGCAAGCAGGUUGGUCACCACAUUGGUGCCCGCAGCGUCCAGGACGACCCUCUGCUCAUGCUGGCUCUGAACUCAGCCAAGAUCGCCAGUGAUGUUCUGUACAAGAAAGACUUUAACAAGUCCAAGACCAAGUUCAACCUGCCUGUGGACAUGCUGAAUCUUGAACUGGCCAAGAAAUGCCAGAUACAAGUCAAUGACUUCAACUACAGGACUCGCCUGCACCAGUGGACCUGUCUUCCAGACUCCAACGACGUGGUCCAGGCCAGGCAUGCAUAUGACCUACAGAGUGAUGCUGUGUAUAAGGAGGAUCUGAGAUUGUUGCAGGGCAUUGGAUGGGUGCCAAUAGGUUCACUAGAUGUUGAGAAGGUGAAGAAAGCUGGUGAGGUCCUGAGUGAAAGGAAGUAUAGGCAACAUCCGAGCAACUACAGAUUCAAGAGCACUACAGAGGAUAUGCCCUUGGCGCUUGCAAAAGCCAACGCUCAGGUUAUGAACAAGAAAGCUUACAUCGAAGCCUGGGAGACUGAGAAGACAAAUAUCCAUGUCAUGCCUGAUGCCAUGGAUAUUCUUCUGGCAAAAGCAAACAAUGUCAACUAUAGCGUGAAAAACUACAAACAAGCAAAUGAAGAUGCCAAGAAGAAGGGCUACGACCUGCGCGGUGAUGCCAUUUCUAUCAUUGCAGCCAAAGCAUCCAGAGACAUUGCCAGCGAUUACAAGUACAAGACAGGCUAUCGUCAGCAGGUCGGUCACCACAUCGGUGCCCGCAGCAUCCAGGAUGAUCCUCUCCUCAUGCUGGCUCUGAACUCAGCCAAGAUCGCCAGUGAUGCUCUGUACAAGAAGGACUUCAACAAGUCCAAGACCAAGUUCAACCUGCCUGUGGACAUGCUGAAUCUUGAACUGGCCAAGAAAUGCCAGAAACAAGUCAAUGACUUCAACUACAGGACUCGCCUGCACCAGUGGACCUGUCUUCCAGACUCCAAUGACGUGGUCCAAGCCAGACUUGCAUCUGACCUACAGAGUGAUGCCGUUUACAAAGCAGACCUGAAGUGGCUGCAGGGCCUGGGCUGGGUCCCCAUUGGUUCACUGGAUGUGGAGAAAGCCAAAAAGGCUGCAGAGGUUUUAAGUGAAAGGCAGUACCGCCAGCACCCCAGCACAGUAAAAUUCACCAGCCCCAUUGAUGCCAUGAAUAUUGUGCUGGCAAAGAACAACGCACUAACAAUGAACAAGCGCCUCUAUGUUGAGGCAUGGGAGAAUGAAAAGACCAAGCUGCACAUCAAUCCUGACACUCCUGAGAUUGUCCUCUCUCAACAAAAUGCCAUAAACAUGAGCAAGAAACUAUACAGACAAGGUUUUGAGGAGACCAUCAAGAAGGGAUACUUCCUUCCUCAGGAUGCAGUUUCUGUCAAGGCUGCUAAAGCCUCCAGGGAUAUCGUCAGUGAUUACAAGUACAAGACAGGAUACAGGAAGCAGGUUGGUCACCACAUUGGUGCUCGCUGCGUCCAGGACGACCCUCUUAUUAUGCUGGCUCUGAACUCAGCCAAGAUUGCCAGUGACGUUCUGUACAAGAAGGACUUCAAUAAGUCCAAGACCAAGUUUCACUUGCCAGUGGACAUGCUGAAUCUCGAGCUCGCCAAAAAAUGCCAGAUCCAAGUCAACGACUUCAAUUACAGGACUCACCUGCACCAGUGGACGUGUCUGCCAGACUCCAAUGACGUGGUGCAGGCCAGGAAAGCUUAUAAUCUUCAGAGUGAUGCUGUAUAUAAAGCUGAUUUGGACGAAGUUGUAGGUGUAGGGUGGAUACCGAUUGGUUCCCUGGAUGUGGUGAAAGCCAAGAAUGCUGCUAAAAUACUCAACGACCGUCUUUACAGGCAGAAACCAGACACAUUUAAAUACAAAACUGAUAUGACUGCCAUGCCCAUGGUCUUAGCCAAAACAAAUGCUGAGACCAUCAAUAAGAAAAGCUACAUUGCUGCAUGGGAAGCAGACAAAAUAAAGACCCAUGUGACCCCAGACCUUCCUGAACUGCUGCUUUCCAAAGCCAAUGCCUACAACAUCAGCAGGAAAAAUUACAGAGAAGCUGUCGAGGAUAUGUUCAGAAAAGGCUACGACAUGAAGGCAGAUGCUGUUUCUAUUGUUGCUGCUAAACACGGAAGAGAAAUCAUAAGUGAUUAUAAAUACAAGACAGGAUACCGCAAGCAGGUUGGUCACCACAUUGGAGCACUCAGUUGUCAGGAUGAUCCUCUGCUCAUGCUGGCUCUGAACUCAGCCAAGAUUGCCAGUGAUAUUUUGUACAAGAAGGACUUUAACAAGUCCAAGACCAAGUUCCACCUCCCAGUGGACAUGCUGAAUCUUGAACUGGCCAAAAAAUGCCAGAUCCAAGUCAAUAAUUUCAACUACAGAACUCAUCUCCACAACUGGACCUGUCUCCCAGACUCCAAUGACGUGGUCCAGGCCAGAAAGGCUUACGACUUACAAAGUGAUGCUGUGUACAAGGCUGACAUGGAAUGGAUCAAGGGAAUGGGAUGGGUGCCAAUUGGGUCACUAGAUGUGGAGAAAGCCAAGAAAGCAGCAGAGAUCCUGAGCGACAGGAAGUACCGGCAGCAUCCCAGCAAAUUCAAGUUCACUGCCAAGACAUCAGAUAUGCCAUAUGCUCUGGCUCAAGCUAAUGCCCAGAUUAUGAACAAGAAAGCAUACACUGAGGCCUGGGAGAAGGACAAGAUCAACCUCCACAUCUUACCUGACACUCUAGAGAUCCUUCUGGCCAAGCAGAAUAAACUCAACACCAGUCUGAAAUAUUAUCGUGAAGGUUUUGUGGACGCCAUCAACAAGGGCUACGUCCUUCCCAAAGAUGCAGUUUCUGUUGUUGCAGCCAAAGCAUCCCGUGAUAUUGUCAGCGAUUACAAAUACAAGGCUGGUUUCCGCAAGCAGUGCGGCCAUCAUAUUGGUGCUCUGAGCGUUAAAGAUGACCCACUGAUCAUGCUGGCUGCUCAUGUAGCCAAGAUCUCCAGUGACAAUAUCUAUAAGAAAGACUUUAAUAAGACCAAGACCAAGUACCACCUCCCAGUGGACAUGCUGACCAUUGAACUGGCUAAGAAAUGCCAGCAGCAAGUGAAUGACUUCAACUACAGAACUCAUCUUCACCAGUGGACAUGCUUGCCCGACUCCAAUGAUGUGGUCCAGGCCAGGAAGAUCUAUGACCUACAAAGUGAUGCUGUUUACAAAGCGGAUCUGGAGUGGCUGAGAGGGUGCGGCUGGUCACCUCAGGACUGUCUAGAUGUCGUUAAAGUAAAAAAUGCCCAGACUGUUCUCAAUGAAAGACUCUACCGCCAGCACCCAAGCACCGUCAAGUUCACCAGUGUUGUUGACCUCCCAGCUAUCGUCCUAUCAAAGCAAAAUGCUGACAACCUCAGUGAUAGAAAAUAUAGGGAAGUGUGGGACAAAGAAAAGCUCGUCAUUCACAUCCCACCUGACAUUCCUCCUUAUGAGCUGGCCAAGGCCAAUGCUAUCACCAUCAGCAAUAAACUGUACACACAAGCAUGGGAUAACCAAAAGUCUAAAGCCUUUCACAUCAAGGAGGAUGCCAUAGCUGUGCUGAAAGCUAAAGCUUCCAGGGACAUCAUAAGUGAUUACAAGUACAAGACAGGAUACCGCAAGCAGGUUGGUCACCACAUCGGUGCCCGCUGCGUCCAGGACGAUCCUCUUAUCAUGCUGGCACUGAACUCAGCAAAGAUCGCCAGCGAUGCUCUGUACAAGAAAGACUUCAACAAGUCCAAGACCAAGUUCAAUCUGCCAGUAGACAUGCUGACACUCGAGCUUGCCAAGAAAUGCCAGACCCAAGUUAAUGACUUCAACUACAGGACUUAUUUGCAUCAGUGGACUUGCCUGCCAGACUCCAAUGAUGUAGUUCAGGCCAGAAAAGCUUAUGAUCUCCAGAGUGAUUCUGUAUACAAAGCUGACAUGGAGUGGAUAAGAGGCUGUGGAUGGAUACCGCAUGAGUGUGUAGAUGUUGUAAAGGUGAAGCAUGCACAGAAGAUUCUUGCUGAUAGAGGCUACCGUGUCAAGCUAGAUGAGCAAAAGUUCACAGUUCCUGCUGAUAGAGUUGACAUGGCCUGUGCCAAGAAUGCUGCUGAGGUCUUAAACGAGGCCAAAUACCGUGAGGCUUGGCACCAGGACAAGACUAAGUACACUUUGGUAGACACUCCUGGUCUUGCCACGGCCAGAGAGGUCGCUAAAAACAUUCACCCGAAACUAUACACUGAAGCAUGGGACAAAGUGAAAGCCACUGGAUUCUUCAUGCCUGGAGAUGCUGUACCAAUUAAACAGUGCAUCAUUACAACUAAAGUACAGAGUAAGCACAAGUAUCUAGAGGGAUACCGCAAGCAGGUUGGCCACCACAUUGGAGCCCUGAGUGUGCAGGAUGAUCCUCUCAUCAUGCUGGCUAUAAACUCAGCCAAGAUUGCCAGUGAUGCUCUGUACAAGAAGGACUUUAACAAGUCUAAGACAAAGUUCCACCUCCCAGUGGACAUGCUGAAUCUCGAGCUGGCCAAGAAAUGCCAGCAGCAAGUGAAUGACUUCAACUACAGGACUCAUCUGCACCAGUGGACUUGUCUGCCAGACUCCAAUGAUGUGGUUCAGGCCAGAAAGAUUUAUGACCUCCAGAGUGAUAACGUCUACAGGGCUGAUCUGGAAUGGAUCCGUGGCUGCGGCUGGAUGGCGGCUGACUCUGUUGAUCACGUCAAAGUCAAGAAGGCCCAGGAAAUACUCAAUGAUAGACUGUACAAGAAGAACGCCCAAGAAUGCUUUGGAAAAUUCAGCCUGAUUGUGGAUCGUCCCGAGAUCGUCUUGGCAAAAAUAAACGCCGCCAACCUCAGUGACCUGAAAUAUAAAGAGACUUUCAAUGCAGAAAAAGGUCAUUACAUCGGCUCAGAGGAUACUCCCCAACUGGCACACAGCAGAGAAAUGGCCAAGACUAUCAGUGAGAAACUUUACAAAUCACAAUGGGACAAUACUAAAGCUACAAGCUACAGCUUGAACCAUGAAUACAUCCCGCUGCUCAGUGGCAAGAAGGGCAGGGAGAUUGCCAGCGAUGUUAAGUACAAGGAUUCUCAUGAGAAAGCCAAGGGCCACUACAUGGCUGGAACCCUUGUGGACUUCCCUGAGGUGGUGCGCUGUGGCCAGCAGGAGAAGAAUAAGGGACUGAGGAUCUACCAGAAGGACUACCACCAAACCAAGACCAAGAUCCACCUCCCAUCUGACAUCAUUGCUAACCAGGUAGCUAAGCGGUGCCAGGACAUGUUGAGCGACAUCCUCUACCGCACCCACCUACACCAGUGGACUUGCCAUCCAGAGCAGGAGGACGCCAUCCGGGCCCGGAAGACCAACGAGAUUCUCAGCGAUGUGUUCUACAAGGAUGACCUGAACUGGAUGAAGGGCAUCGGCUGCUAUGUUUGGGACACUCCAGAGAUUAUUCGGGCCAAGAAGUCCUACGAGCUGCAGAGCGAUCUUAAAUACAGAGCUGAUGCGAAGAAAGAGUUUAACAACUACUCCAUUGUGACCGACACACCCGAGUAUGUGACUGCUGUCCUGGGUCACACCUGGGCCAGUGAUCUGAACUACAGGGAGGCAUACCAUAAGGAGAAGCACAUGUACACCACUGUUCUGGAUACCCAUGAUUAUGCUAGAUGCCACGACUUUAAGUUGUUUUUCAGCAAUAAAAACUAUACAGCUGCCUGGGAUAAAAUUAAGGCAAAGAGCUACCAAAUUCCAGUUGAUGCCAAUGCUUUACAGCAUGCCAAACAACAAAAGGUCGUUCUCAGCAAUGUCAAGUACAAGGAGGAUUAUGAGAAAUUCAAAUCCCUUUACAGUCUGCCGAAGUCACUCGAAGACGAUCCUGCUACGGCUCGUUGUGUCAAAGCCGGAAAGCUGGUUUUAGAUCGCCUGUACAAGGAGAACUACGAGAAGACUAAGGCCAAGAACCAUAUCCCUCCAGACAUGCUGGAGAUCCUGUCUGCUCGCAACACCCAGUCCACUGUCAGCGGCAUCCACUACCGCAAGUAUUUCCACCAGUGGAUUUGCCUGCCUGACAUGCAGAUGUACGUCCAGGCCCGCAAAGUUAACGAGCAACUCAGUGAUAUCUUCUACAAGGAUGACCUGAACUGGCUGAAGGGUAUCGGGUGUUAUGCCUGGGACACUCCAGAGAUCCUCCGUGUCAAGCAUGCUGGUGUCCUACAGAGUGAGGCCACGUACAGAGCCAAAGGCAUUGAGGCGUUCAAGGACUAUACUGUAGUGAUGGACACUCCAGUGUAUGAGACAGCCAAGCAGAACGCUCAGAACCUGAGUGAUCUUCACUAUCGUUUGGAUUAUAAUGCCAACGUCAAGGGCAAGCACACUUCGCCUGCCGUUACAAUGGAAACAGAAAGAGCACGCCUGGCCAAUCACAUCCAGAGUAAUAACUGGUACACAGGGGCCAACAAGAACUUCAUGCCCACUGGUUACUCUCUGCCCAGUGAUACCCCACUCAUCAAGCAGGCCAAGAUGAACAGUGUUGUCACCAGCAAUGUAAAAUACAAGGAGGCCUUUGAGAUGGUGAAGGCUAAAGCUUACACUCUUCAUCCAGAAGGUGUCAACUUCGUCACUGCAAGAAAGGCUCACAAGAUCAUCAACGACCGGCUGUAUCGUGAGGCUUACCACAAGCAGAAGGACAAGAUCCACACAGUCUAUGACACUCCUGAUGUCAAACAAGUCAAGAUGAACCAAUACAACCUGAGUGAUCUGUGCUACAAGGAGAAAUACUACAACAGCAGAGGCCAGCUGAUCUCUAUGCCUAUAACACCCCAACUCAUGCACUGUCGUCACGUCAAUGACAUCACCAGCGAGCUGAGGUACAAAGAGGAUCUGAUGUGGCUGAGAGGCAUAGGCUGCUUCUUGUAUGACACCCCAGAGAUGGUCCACGUCCGUAACAUCACCAAACAGAGGACAAGCUAUCCAGUGGAGGCUAAGAAGAACCUCUCGAACUUCACUGUGGUCCUGGAUACUCCAGAGUACAACCGUGUGACUGAGCUGAAGACUCACAUGAGUGAUCGGAUAUACAGAGCCCAGAGCAGGAAGGAAAUGGCUAAAGUUUCCUCCCUCGCAGAUUCUUUGGACAUCAAGAGAGUCAAGUGGGCCCAACAGCUGACUAACAAGUACCAGUAUACAGAUCUGGCAUCAAAGGAGAGAGCUCAUUUCACGCCAGAAACUAACACUCCAAAUAUUCAACACGCAAGAAAAAUGAAAGUGAUCUACAGUGAGACUAAAUACAAAGAGCAGUAUGAAAAGAUGAAGCACAGGUACACUGCUAUUGCUGAUACUCCGAUCCUGAUACGUUCCAAGAAAGCCUACCUGCAAUCCAGUGACUUGCGCUACAAAGAAACCUUUGAACUUUCCAAGGGCCAUUAUCACACCGACAAGGACGCUCUGGAUAUUGUCUGCCACCGCAAAGUCACUGAUGACAUCAGUGAGGUGAAAUACAGAGAGAAGUAUAUUAACUCUCUGGGCACAUGGAAGUCCAUCCCUGACCGCCCCGAGUUUUUCUUCAGCAAGAUAGCCAAUGAUAAUGUCAGCAAUGUGAAGUACAAGGAGGACUUGGAGUGGCUGAAGGGUAUUGGGUGCUAUGUGUGGGACACUCCUGAGAUGCUGUUGGCUGAUAGGAAUAAGGCUCUGUACAGUGAGAGACUGUACAGAGCCUCAUUUGAGAAGAACAGAGGAAACUUCAAAUACACAUGCGACACUCCGUUCUUCGAGGCUGCAAGGAACGCCUCAGUUCUGAUCAACGAUAAAAAGUAUAAAUCCCGAGCAAAGGAUCUACUAAAGAAUGGCUGCAAUGAGUUACUCCGCCCUGACAUCCUCACAGCCCUUUGCCAGUCCAUUAUGGGCAGUAAGUGGAAGUACAGGGAGCAGUAUGAACGUGCCAAAGAUAAGUUCACCUCCGUUCUGGAGACUCCCGAGUAUGAGGCUCACAAACGCAGCAAGAAGAUCACUGAUAUUAUAUACAGGAUGGAGUACAACAAGACUAAGGCCAAGGGAUACACCCUGCCUUAUGAUACUCCACACCAGCAGCACAUGAAGAAGGUCAAAGAGAUCACCAGCAAUCUAAAAUACAAAGAGGUAUAUGAGAAGAGCAAAGCCCAGAUCAACAUGGACCCAGAGGCUCAUGAGAUCCGUGCUGCCAAGGAGGCCUACAAGAACAUCAGCAAUCUGGACUACAAGAAGAAGUAUGAGGCAACUAAGAACAAGUGGAUCUGGACAACAGACAGGCCAGACUUUCUCAAUGCUGCCAAAAACUCUCUGCAGCAGAGUGAUGUUGAGUACAAGUAUGACAAAGAGAUGAUGAAGGGCUGUGUGAUACCUGUGUCUGAUGAUAAGUACACUCUCAUGUACAAGAAAAAUGCUGAAAUAGCCAGUGUCGUGAAGUACAAAGAGAAGUAUGAAAAGACAAAGGGUCACUACAUACCUGUUAUGGACACCCCUCAGAUUCUCCAUGCCAAAGCAGUGCGCACUCUGGUAUCAGAGAGCAAAUACAAGCAGGAAAGUAAGAAGAUCAUGCAGUCUGGCUCAUUCACCACACUGGCUGAGACUCGUGAUACUGCCCACAGCAGGGCGGUGAAGAAGCUGGUCAGCGAGAAACAGUACAAACAGAAGUUCGAAAAGGAAAAGGGCAAGUCAGUGUACAACCAGAUGAUUGUGCCACCUGACGUUCAGCAUGCCAUGGACGUAGCGAAGAAUCAGAGCAAUGUUGCCUACAAAAAGGAUGCUAAAGCCAACCUGCACUACACUACUGUCGUUGACCGUCCUGACAUCAAGAAGGCCACCCAGGCUGCUAAGCUUAUCAGUGAGAUUGGCUAUCGUGAAAAAGCACGUGAAGAGGCCAGCCGUGGAGGUUCUCUUAUUAACCGGCCAGACAUUGCUUUGGCAACCCAUGUGUCCCAGCUGACCAGUCAGGUGGAGGCCAAGGCCUCCCUCCAUGGAGCAGCUUCCUAUGAUACCCCCCUGAUGCGCCACAUUAAGAAAAUGAGUGCUGUGACUAGUGAUGUGAAGUACAAGGAGAAGUUUGAUAAGGAGAUGAAAGGAAAGAAACCUCAAUUUGACCCGAAGGAGAGCAAAAUUUACAAAACUCUGAAGGAUGCCAAUGAUCUGGCUAGUGAGGUGAAGUACAAGGGUGACCUGAAGAAGAUCCACAAACCUGUGACUGACAUGGCUGAGUCUCUGUCCAUGCAGCACAGUCUGAGCACCAGCAAGCUCUCAAGUGAUUACCGCUACAAGAAGAAAUUUGAGGAGAGUAAGGGUCACUACCACAUGAUUCCUGACACACCAGAACAACUUCAUCUGAAGGAGGCCUCUGAACUUCAGAGCAACGUUAAAUACAAGGAGAAGUAUGAGAAGGAGAAGGGCAAACCCAUGUUGGACUUUGAGACCCCAACGUAUGUGACUGCCAAGGAGGCCCAGCACAUGCAGAGCCAGAAAGACUAUAAGAAGGACUUUGAGGAGUACAUGAGGGGAAAGAACCUCUCAGGCUUGGAGGUCACUCCUGCCAUGAUUCAUGUCAGACACGCCACCAAAAUAGCCAGUGAGAAAGAGUACAGGAAGGAUCUAGAGGAGGGAGUGAAGGGUAAAGGGCUAACUGUACUGGAGGAAACUCCGGAGCUUUUGAGAGCAAAGAAUGCCACUCAAAUCCUGUGUGAGAGGGAGUACAGGAAGUCAUUGGAGCAGGAGAUCAAGGGCAAAGGAAUGUUGGCUUUGGCUACAGACACCCCGGACUUUAUGCGAGCCAGGAAUGCUACUGAAAUCCUCAGUCAGACUAAGUACAAACAGAUCGCUGAGAUGGACAGAGCCAGCUACACUACUGUCAUUGACACCCCUGAAAUCAUCCACGCUCAGCAGAUGAGGAACAUCGUCAGCCAGAAAAAGUACAAAGAGGAAGCAGAGAAGACUAUGUCUCACUACGUACCGGUCCUGGACACUCCAGAGAUGCAGAGAGUCCGUGAGAACCAGAGGAACUUCAGCACUCUUCAAUACCAGAUUGACCUAAAAAACACAAAGGGCAAAGUGUCUACUAUUAAGGACACUCCAGAAAUGCUCCGUGUUAAAGAAAAUACAAAGAAUUUCAGCUUGAUUCAUUAUAAAGAAGAUUUGGGAGGAGGGACAGCUUUGCCUGAAACCCCUGAGAUGGAGAGAGUAAAACGUAACCAGCGCAACAUUAGCACGAUACAGUACAAGGAAUCUGUGGGUCAAGGCACGACCAUACCAGAUCUGCCUGAGGUGAAGCGGGUCCGAGAAACCCAGAAGAAUAUCAGUCUGCAUCGUUACAAAGAAGGAGUGGGACAAGGCACAUCAGUGCCAGAGACCCCAGAGAUGGAGCGAGUCAAGCGCAAUCAGCAAAACAUUAGCACGAUAAAAUACAAGGACUCGCUGGGUCGAGGCACAGCAAUACCGGACCUGCCCGAAGUGAAACGGGUCAAAGAAACCCAGAGGCACAUCAGCUCGGUGUUGUAUAAGGACAGUUCUGCCAAGGGAACUCCUGUGGUCUUUACUCCUGAGAUGGAGCGAGUCAAAAGGAACCAAGAAAACAUUAGCUCGGUGCUGUACUCUGACAGCUUCCGUAGGCAGGUCCAGGGGAAGGCGGCUUUUGUUCUAGACACGCCUGAGAUGAGGCGUGUCAGAGAGACGCAACGCAUCAUUUCUGGAGUGAAAUACCAUGAAGACUUCGAGAAGAGCAAGGGCAGCUUCACUCCCACCACCUCUGACCCUGUGACGGAGCGUGUGAAGAAGAAUAUGCAGGACUUCAGCGACAUCAGCUACCGCGGCAUCCAGAGGCGCGUGGUGGAGAUGGAGAGGAGACGCGCCAUCGAGCACGACCAGGAGACCAUCACUGAUCUGCGUGUGUGGCGCACCAACCCCGGCUCUGUGUUUGAUUAUGACCCAGCUGAGGAUAACAUCCAAUCCAGGAGUCUGCACAUGAUGUCAGUGCAAGCACAGCGUCGCAGCAAGGAGCACUCCCGCUCCACCAGCGCCCUGAGUGGCAUGGCUGAUGAGAAGUCAGAGGUGUCCCAGGAUGUUGACCCCCAUCUGUCCCUCUACAGUAAUGGCUACAUGGCUAGCUCUAUGGGCUACCAGCAGACCAGGACUGUGGAGCUGCAGCAGAGGUCAUCAUCUGUGGCCACCCAACAGACCACAGUCUCCUCCAUCCCUUCACACCCAUCUACCACUGGGAAAACCGUGCGUGCCAUGUACGACUACACAGCGGCAGACAGCGACGAGGUGUCAUUCAAAGACUCCGACGUCAUCGUCAAUGUGCAGUCCAUUGACGAGGGCUGGAUGUACGGCACCGUGCAGCGCACCGGCAAGACCGGCAUGCUGCCCGCCAACUACGUGGAAGCAAUUUAAAGACAGAGCCCGCCCAUCGUCCCUCCAGAGUGGGCGAGACCCAUCCACAGGGCAAGCUGACUGGUCUUCCUGCCAUCACAACUGUGGCUUUGUGCAAUCUGUAGCUUUUUCGUUUCUUGUUGCUCUUCAACAGUGUUUUGUGUUGUACUUCUCUUUAAGUCGUUGUUAUUCACACGCUGCUGCCGUGCUUCCUGUGGAUGUGACAUAAGCUUUAUGACGUGACAUUAAUCCUGGUUUCACAGAACAUGCCUUCUAUAAAUGACCGUUUUAGAUCGUUUCAAGACCCUGUUGUGGAUAAACACGACUCACUAACAGACGACCAGACCCUCUAUUUUGUACAUUUCAACAAUUUAUACCAAAAUUUAAUGUACGGUUUUUGUCCAAGCUACACAGAUUACUUUCUUCUAAGAACUCUGGACUAGAUCCAGUACUAAGAUCUGAAUGAAUAAAAUAGGAGGUAGCUACCACCCAUCUCCUCCAUGAUCGAAUCACUCCUAUAGAGUUGUAUGAAAUAAGCACCAGUCUUCCCUUCUUCUAAAUGACGACUGGAUAAUAGAAUUUCAUGUGUGUUUUGUUUCUUCCGAUUGUUUGGGUCCUGGCUAAGGCUCGUCCUCUACCUUUACUCAGUAAUUAAUAAAGCACACAAGCUCCUGCA